ACACGCUGGCCCUUCAGUGCUCAGGGUCCCCACCCACCCUCGUGCCCUGGCAGGCUCCCCUGGGUGGUAAAGAUGACCGAUCAAGAGCAGGGCCCACUGUGCUGUCCUAAGGAAAUCCUCUGGGCUGGACGUUACUGUUCUCUUCCUUUUACAGAUGAAGAAAUGCAGCCCCCAGAGGAGGCAAAGGGGGAGAGCUUUAGGUCUGGCAGCUGGGGCUCCUCGGGGGUCCCCAAGCCCCAGGAUGCCUUUCUGCUGAGACGGAUGCCUGGACCCACACAGCAGGCACAGAGAGGGGAUGGCCAGGCUGUCCACGCAGGGGAACCCCCAGGGCCAGGGUCCUACAGAGGUGGAAGGGAGGUGAUGUACAACCCAGAAUCCCAGCCCUGGAGCAGCCCCAGAAAGGCCUCAUAUGUCACAGCCGCCCCCACUUAGGGCUGUGCCCUCAGCCCUCGUGCCCGGCUGAAGGCUGGGCUGCUGGCCCCCCUCCCCCCAAGGGCCUGAGGCCCCCCCGGGCCGGAUGGCUGCUCAGACCCCCCUCACCUUGUCGGACACAGUGGCCGUUUUCCUAACCCUCCCCACCAGGCCAGCCAAGGAUUCGGGGAGGACUAGGGGCCAGCAAGAGCCAGAGGGGGCGGUCUGCAGACUGUCGACCCGGCCCAGGGCUCCGUGAUGUCAUGGCGGGUGCUAAGGAGGGGGAGGGGGCCGGGCUGUUUUUCUGGAGAGUUGGAGCAGAAGUGAGACAAAGCGAGGCAGGCGGGCCAGGCAGGCGCCAUGGAGCUGCGGUCUCAAGUCCUGCUCUGGGAACUGUUGCUUCUGCAGAGCUCUGCUGUCCUUCUGUCCUCAGUGCCCUCAGGGCCCGCGCCGGCCGCCAGCUCCGUGGUGUCCGAGUCCACGGUGAGCUGGGCGGCCGGCGCCCUGGCGGUGCUGCGCUGCCAGAGCCCGAGGAUGGUGUGGACGCAGGACCGGCUGCACGACCGCCAGCGCGUGGUCCACUGGGACCUCAGCGGCGGCCCCGGCGGCCCCGCGCGCCGGCUCGUGGACAUGUACUCGGCGGGCGAGCAGCGGGUGUACGAGCCGCGCGACCGCGGCCGCCUCCUGCUGCCGCUCUCCGCCUUCCACGACGGCAACUUCUCGCUGCUCAUCCGCGCGGUGGAGGAGGCCGACGAGGGGCUGUACACCUGUAACCUGCACCACCAUUACUGCCACCUGUACGAGACCCUGGCCAUUCGCCUCAAGGUCACGGACGAUCCCCGGGCGGCCGGCGCGCACUGGGACGGCGAGAAGGAGGUGCUGGUGGCGGAGCGCGGCGCGCCCGCGCUGCUGACCUGCGUGAACCGGGCGCACGUGUGGACCGACCGGCACCUGGAGGAGGCGCAGCAGGUGGUGCACUGGGACCGGCAGCCGCCCGGGGUGCCGCACGACCGCGCCGACCGCCUGCUGGACCUCUACGCCUCCGGGGAGCGCCGGGCCUACGGGCCGCCCUUCCUGCGCGAGCGCGUGGCCGUGGCGGCGGACGCCUUUGCGCGCGGCGACUUCUCGCUGCGCAUCGACCCGCUGGAGCGCGGCGACGAGGGCACGUACUCCUGCCACCUGCACCACCACUACUGCGGCCUGCACGAGCGCCGCGUCUUCCACCUGCGCGUCACCGAGCCGGCCCCGCCGCCGCCGCCGCCGCCGCCGCGGGGCUCGCCGGGCAACGGCUCCAGCCACGGCGGCGCGCCCGGCCCAGAUCCCACGCUGGCGCGCGGCCGCAGCGUCAUCAACGUCAUCGUCCCCGAGGGCCGCGCGCACUUCUUCCAGCAGCUGGGCUACGUGCUGGCCACGCUGCUGCUCUUCCUCCUGCUGCUCGUCACCGUCGUCCUGGCCACCCGCCAGCGCCGCCGCGGGGGUGAGCUGGGCUCUCCGGGCCGGCGCCGCGCAGCCUUUCCCGACCAGCAGCGGGAAGCGGGGGCGAGGCGGGGCUACGAGUACUCCAGCGAGAAGUCAGGGAAGCCGAAGGGGAAGGAUGUGAACAUGGCAGAGUUUGCUGUGGCCACAGGAGACCAGGCUCUUUACAGGAGUGAGGAUAUCCAACUAGAUUACAAAAACAACAUCCUGAAGGAGAGGGCUGAGCUGGCCCACAGCCCACUGCCCGCCAAGUACAUCGACUUGGACAAAGACUUCAGGAAGGAGUACUGCAAAUAAGGUGACCCUGGGCUCCUGGCUGGGCCAGCCGCCCUGCCGACUCCCGUCUGUCUUGGAGGAUGACCUCCUGACCCUCACGUGGCUCACCCCCCACCCUUCCAGCGGCUGGUCCCGCUGUUCUGGAACUUGGCCUCGACUGGCCCAGAGCAAGGCUGCCUCCAGACUCCUCUCCCAGGAGCCACCCGAAUCCCCACAAGCAGCAGCGGGCUCUCUGGACUCUGCUGGGGGUGCGGCAGCCCUUAGGUGCCUGCUGGCUCCCCUUCCCCCUGCACAGCCCAGCCCCCACUGACGUUCACCAGCGCCCUGGGCUCUCCUGGCCUGUGCCGCCCUGGGCUGGGGCUCAGCGGGGCUCGGUGCUCGGGUCGGCCUCAGGACUAGCACCCCCACCUCUCCUUCACCCCUUUCUAGGGGGAGUCUAAGGCUGGGAUCUGAGGAUUGCACACUCCAGGCCCCAGGCUAAUUCCCCUCUGCUGUGUUGGGGUACCUGGGGUUGCACGGGGGCCCCUUCUCUGCCUUUUGCCCAAGGUGCCUUGACGGUCACUGGGCUCCAUGUGACCUUUGACCCUGACCCCACUCCCAUAGCCCCUCCCUGGGCUGGAGUCUGGGGCUGGGACCUCAUUCGGUCUCUGUUCUGGCUGAGGACAGGGGAGGGGUAAAGAUGGUUCUAGAGUGGCCUGUGUUGCCACUCCCAACACCCCACAUUUGCUCCUCCUAGGAAACUGCCAUCAUCACAAUAAAGACACCAUGAUUUUUAGA